AUGUCUAGAGAAGUCAUGGCUACUUCAUCAGCUGCUCCUUUUGAUUAUGAGAUCUUGGAUAAAGAUCCUGACAUACCUAGAACAGCUGUGGUCCAAUCCAAUCGGACGAAUCCGUGGAUUGAGCCUGAAACUUUGAAACUUCAGCACCGAAUUGGUCGAGGACCCUUUGGCGAUGUUUGGCUUGCUACACUUCAUCAGUCAACUGAGGAUUAUGAUGAACACCAUGAAGUUGCUGCUAAGAUGUUGCAUCCGGUCAGAGAGGAUCAUGUGAAGAUUGUACUGGAGAAGUUCAAUGAUUUGUACUUUAAGUGCCAAGGAGUUUCUAGUGUUUCUUGGAUACAUGGAGUUUCAAUGAUAAAUGGAAGGGUCUGCAUUAUUAUGAAGUUGUAUGAAGGUUCAAUUGGCGACAAGAUGGCUAGAUUAAGAGAAGGAUGGAUUUCAUUAUGUGAUGUUUUGAGGUAUGGGAUCAAUCUGGCUCAAGAUAUUCUGGAGCUUCACUCUAAAGGGAUCCUUGUUCUGAACCUUAAACCUUGCAAUGUUCUUCUCAAUGACAAUGAUCAAGCGAUUUUGGGAGAUGUUGGUAUUCCCAAUCUUUUGCUUGGUUCCUCAUUCGUUAGCUCAGAUAUCGCUCAAAGGCUUGGAACUCCUAAUUACAUGGCUCCAGAACAAUGGAAACCAGAGGUCGGAGGUCCUAUAUCAAUUGAAACGGAUUCAUGGGGAUUCGGUUGUACCAUUGUUGAAAUGUUGACUGGUAAUCAGCCUUGGUACGGAUGCCCUGUUGGUGGAAUUUAUGGAUCAGUUGUUGAAAAGCAUGAAAAGCCACUUAUCCCAAGUGGCCUUCCUUCUCCCAUCGAGAAUAUCCUUAGUGGAUGUUUUGAGUAUGAUUUAAGGAACCGCCCUUUGAUGGUAGAUAUUCUGCACGUCUUUAAAAGUUCGCUGAGUAAACUAGGCAACGAUGGAGGAUGGAGAUAUCAAGGAAAUAUGAAAGUAAUUGCAAAAUCAGGCAGCACUGACUACACCGAAUGGUUCCUCUCAAAGGAUCACCUGCAGGUGGGCGACAUGGUCCGAUCCAGAAAGUCUCCCAACUCAUGUAAAGCUCAAAACAUGGAUGUCCCAGAAGGAACUGUUGUUGGUCUAGAACGCACUGCAGAUCAUGGAUUCGUUCUUGUGAGGGUCCAUGGUAUUCACGACCCUAUAAGAAUUCACGCGUCAACUCUCGAACGGGUCACAGAUGGCUUGGCAGCUGGUGAUUGGGUACGAGUUAAAGAUAAAAACCAGAAGCACUCGCCAGUUGGCAUUCUACAUACCAUCAAUCGAGAUGACAGUAGAGCUGCUGUUGGAUUUAUCGGGCUGCAAACUCUCUGGAAAGGAAACCCUUCUGACCUCGAAAUGUCGGAAUCGUUCUGUGUAGGACAGUUCGUUAGGCUAAAAGAGAAUAUCUUAAGCCCUCGAUUCGAAUGGCGUCGUAAAAGGGGAGGGACCUCGGCUACCGGUCGGAUUUCGUGGAUUCUACCAAAUGGGUGUUUGGUAAUCAAGUUCCCAGGGUUGCUGACUUUUGGGAAUGAAUCAAACACCUUUUUGGCUGAUCCUUCUGAGGUUGAAGUGGUUGAUUUCAAGGCUUGUCCUGGGAUUAUAGAAAAGUAUCAACAUGUUGAGGAUCAUCACUGGGCAGUUAGACCUGUUCUAGUUGCACUUGGCAUAUUAACAGCUUUGAAACUAGGUAUAUUAGCUGGAAACAAAGUAAGGAGGUGCAAGAAGUUUAAUGCAAUAAUAGAAAGCAAAAACCACCAUCUUGAAGGUCAAAACACCAAUAGUCCUACAAGGAAUAUAAUAAGUCAUGGCAACACAGCAUGGGUUCCUUCAGUUUCUAAUCUCCUUUUCAAAGAUGGUGCUUAA